ACGAUCAGCGUCAGCGAGUAAUGCAAGGCGACCCAUACGAAUUGUGCCCGACUGGACUGAGAAUGCGGUGCAGGGUGAACACUUUUGGAAGCCCACAUCGGUUUCAGGCGAUUUAUGUUGCUUGAAUGAGGAGUGCAUAAAAAGUGGUCAACGCAUGAAAUGCUCGGCCUGCCAAUUAAUUGCACAUCAGAAUUGCAUUCCAAUCGUCAAUGAAAAGACUCAAUUAGCAUGUAAGCCAACAUAUCGAGACGUAGGCGUUCGACAAUACAGGGAACAAUCGACAACGCAUCAUCACUGGGUGCAUCGCAAAAUGGAAAAGGGCAAAUGCAAACAGUGCGGAAAGGCUGUGCAAGGUAAACUUUUUGGCUCGAAGGAAAUAGUUGCAUUAUCCUGCGCUUGGUGUCACGAAGUCUACCACAAUAAGGAAUCUUGCUUUAAUCAAGCGAAAAUUGGCGAAGAGUGUUCGUUGGGCAACUAUGCACCCAUUAUUGUGCCGCCUUCUUGGAUUGUCAAACUGCCCACUAAGGGAAAUUUCAAGUCCUCCAUAAGAGUGAACAACAAAAGCAAUGUUACAAUAGGUACGAGUAAAAAGAAGGGCACGAGUAAGCGCCAAAAACAAAAGGAGGAGAAGAAAGAGCCACGCGCCUUCAUCGUGAAGCCCAUCCCAUCGCCCGAUGUCAUACCCGUGAUAGUGUUCAUAAAUCCCAAAUCGGGCGGCAAUCAAGGUGUUAAGCUUUUGG